GUGAGAACUGAAAAGAGAGGAUAAGGCAAUUCAAGUUAUUGAAUCUCCCAGUUUUACAACAGUGACGCUGUUUCUCUUUCCGGACUCUGACCUGAACCUAGGGCCGACGUGAAAAAUGGCGAUAGCCGUUGCGUCUUGCUGGUUUAAUUCGUUAGCCUCCACCAGCACUUCUCGCUAUCCAGUCUCUUCCCAACGGCUGUUCUCCGCGUCACAAAUACCGGCUACUCGUUUAGUCAUUCCGAAAGCUGUUAGUCAGAGUCAAAGUCCGAGGAAGAGAACUCCCAAGGAACAUACUCACAAAUCGUCACUUGAGAAAGAAGCUAAUUCUCAAAAAAUUUCAAGAAGAUCAAGAGAUGAAAGAAAAUAUUCAGAUGCUGACAAUCGCAGUGGUAUUAAAAAAACAGAAAAACCUCAAUCAACAGCUUUCAAGUCAUUUGGUACACAGAGAAAAAGUGCUAAAGGUUUUAUGGGUAACUUGACGGAUCAACAGGCUGAGACUGCUAAAAUUCAAGAUGCUGCCUUUCUUAAUGCUGUUGUGAAGGUUUAUUGCACUCAUACUGCACCUGAUUAUUCUCUUCCUUGGCAAAAGCAAAGGCAGUUUACAAGUACAGGAAGUGCUUUCAUGAUCGGUGAUGGAAAGCUUUUGACAAAUGCUCACUGUGUGGAACACAACACACAAGUCAAAGUCAAGAGAAGGGGUGAUGAUACCAAGUAUGUGGCUAAGGUUUUAGCUAAAGGUAUGGAAUGUGACAUAGCUUUGCUUUCAGUGGAAAAUGAGAAAUUCUGGAAAGGAGCCGAACCACUUCAGUUUGGCCAUUUGCCUCGUCUUCAGGAUGCAGUUACUGUUGUAGGGUAUCCGCUUGGAGGAGACACCAUUUCAGUGACCAAAGGUGUUGUAUCUCGAAUAGAGGUUACAUCCUAUGCUCAUGGAUCAGCUGAACUGUUGGGCAUUCAAAUUGAUGCAGCAAUUAACCCUGGUAAUAGCGGUGGUCCUGCUUUUAAUGAUCAGGGGGAAUGCAUCGGUGUGGCAUUUCAGGUGUACAGGUCUGAUGAUGUUGAGAACAUUGGGUAUGUAAUUCCAACAACGGUUGUGUCUCACUUUCUGGAUGACUAUGAGAGAAACGGGAAGUACACUGGUUUCCCUUCCCUUGGAAUAUUAUUGCAAAAAUUAGAGAAUCCAGCUUUACGUGCGUGCUUGAAAGUGCCAUCUAAUGAGGGUGUUCUUGUCCGCCGUGUGGAACCCACUUCCGGUGCCAGCAAUGUUUUGAAGGAGGGGGAUGUGAUUGUAAGCUUUGAUGGUGUAGAUGUUGGAUCAGAAGGGACAGUUCCAUUCCGAUCAACCGAACGCAUUGCAUUCCGCUACCUCAUUAGUCAAAAGUUCACUGGUGAUACGGCGGAGGUUGGUAUCAUCAGAGCAGGGGAUUUCAUGAAAGUCAAAACCGCUAUGAAUCCACGAGUUCAUUUGGUACCAUAUCAUAUUGAAGGCGGUCAGCCAUCAUACUUGAUAGUAGCUGGCUUAGUUUUUACUCCUUUGUCAGAACCUUUGAUAGACGAGGAAUGCGAAGACAGCAUAGGGCUGAAACUAUUGACAAAGGCACGGUAUUCCAUGGCAAGGUUCAAAGGAGAACAGAUAGUGAUCUUGUCACAGGUAUUAGCAAAUGAGGUUAACAUUGGGUACGAGGAUAUGAGCAAUGAACAGGUUCUGAAGUUCAAUGGAACCCGAAUAAAGAACAUUCAUCAUCUUGCUCAUCUUAUUGACUCAUGCAAGGAGAAGUACUUGAUAUUCGAAUUUGAAGACAAUUAUCUUGCUGUAUUAGAGCGAGAGGCUUCAUCAGCUGCGUCAUCAUGCAUUCUUAAAGAUUAUGGUAUUCCAUCCGAGAGAUCUAGCGAUCUUCUGGAGCCAUACGUGGACCCCAUCGGCAUUGGCACUGGAGAAAACCAAGUGAUGGACGACAAUGAUCUUGGUGUUGGUGACACACCCCCCAUCACAAAUUCAGAGUUUGGUUCUGAUGGGCUUCAUCAGGCACCAGGCACCAGCAGCAAGUGGGUUAAGUCAAAGUUUGAAACAUGGGAACUUUUACUGCCUGCAGAGAGGAGAGAGAUACAAGGAAGUUGCAGCAAGCAGCAAAUGGACAAUUCAAUACAUGAUGGGAAACACCCAAAAUUCAAUAAGUUCAUUUUCAACAUGCGUGCGCUUAUUUACUAUGGAAAAUAA